AUGGAGCAGACCCAGAUCGUUGAAAAUGAAGCUUCCGGUUCCAAUGUGGAUAUAACGGAGGUCGAGAAGCAUCAAGAUUCCGUUUCCGGUGCCGCCAAAGCUAAUCCCAAGGCUGACAAGAACGAUAAAGAAUCCGGGUCGGGUCCUUCCGGAUCCGGUUCCUCUGCUCCAGAACCGUUUAGGGUUUUCACCCAGGACGGAAUGAUGUUGAGAGUAAGGGGAACCAGUGCGGAUCUAAUAAUAUUCAAGAGGAACUUCAUUUCCUGUAUGGCCUUGGCCGCCGGAGAAACCAUAGUGGUGGCCGUGCACAAGUAUCCGGCUUCUAAUCUGACCCAUCGGGCCCGGUUCCAGGCUUUUCGGGCUUUCUUGGCGGAGACGGUUCAUAAAUAUGGUGGAAUUGUCCAAAAUGCCCAUAUCAAGACUGCGCUGUACGGCGGCUCUAGGGAUGAGAUUGCUCAGAUUUUGGUUCAUGGGUUUAGUGCUGCCAAUGCUAAUGGUGGCGCCCAUGGUUGUGUUCAAUUGGUUCCUGCUGCGCAUUCUUUGGAUGCUGCAUUGUCCUGUGAAGUUGAUGAAGCUGAGCUAAGGCACGUACUGGUGUGCCGGGUCAUACUGGGGAGGGUGCAGUUAGUCCCUGAUGGCUCGAACCAUGUUGGUCCCGAUUUCGAUACCGGUUGUGACAGUUUUACCGAUGCUAGGACACUUUAUGUGCCUGCCGGUUUAGCCAACUCUCGCAUUUGUGCUGAUUUUGUUAUAAGCUUCAAGGCUCCUUCUUGCUUAUGGGAUUAUGCAACGUAUGCUACUCAGGCGAGUGGUGGUUUUGUUGGUGCUUCAAGGGGACCUAGACCACAAGAACUACCCAUUAAUUUGUUUGCUGUGUUGGACCGGCUCGCAAGUUUUGUCACUCCUCUACAAAUGACCAUUGCUGUCGAGUUGUUUUGGAAGUAUAAGGGAAACAACAUGAGCCGACAUGAGCUGAUUCGACAACUGAGACUCAUGGUUGGUGAGGAGGCGUUGGUUGCAGCGGCCAAGGCAUCAGCUUCGGUGAACAACUGA